UCGAAAAUGGCUGCCGUGUUGGACGAGGUCGGCAAAUCCGCCGAAAAAUUAAUAAACGAGGAAAAAGACGAAAUCGUUGACGAAGAAGAUGAAACUGGUGCAGUAGAAGCAUCGAAGAAGAAAAAAAAGAAGAAAAAGAAGAAGAAAGCUGGUGCUGGUGAAGCUAGUGCAGAUGUUCCAGAAGGGGAAGAGAAUAAAGCAAAGGAUGAGACUGCUAUGGAUGAAGAACCUGAUGCAGAGGUAGCAGAAAAUGAUGCAGAAGCAGAAGAUGCUAAAAAGAAAAAAAAGAAACGCAAAUCACGCGCAAAAGCUGGAGGUGUUAAGCAGCAAACAGAUCCUCCAAUUAUUCCUGUGUCACAAUUAUUCCCCGAUGGAAACUUUCCACGUUUUUCAAGCGAGGAAGCAAGAGCUUUUGACAGAAUGCAUAACGAUAUUUAUAACGAAGCCAGGCAAGCAGCUGAAGCUCAUAGACAAACAAGAAAACAUAUUAUGAAAUGGGUAAAACCUGGAAUGAAAAUGAUGGAUAUUUGUCACGAGUUGGAAGAUACAGCGAGAAAAUUAAUAGGAGAAGAUGGACUAAAAGCUGGAUUAGCUUUUCCAACUGGUUGUUCACGAAAUCAUUGCGCGGCUCAUUACACUCCAAACGCCGGAGAUACAACCGUUCUCGAUUACGACGAUGUUACCAAGAUAGAUUUUGGUACACAUAUUAACGGACGGAUCAUCGACUGUGCAUUUACGUUGACAUUCAACCCGAAAUACGAUAAGCUGAUUGAAGCUGUUCGCGAUGCUACUAAUACCGGGAUUAAGGCUGCAGGUAUCGAUGUUCAACUUUGCGACGUUGGCGCGGCGAUUCAAGAAGUGAUGGAGUCGUAUGAGGUUGAAUUAGACGGCAAGACUUAUCAGGUAAAAUCUAUAAGAAAUCUCAACGGUCACUCAAUUGCUCCGUACCGUAUCCACGCUGGAAAAACUGUGCCGAUAGUUAAAGGUGGCGAAGCUACUAGAAUGGAAGAGAAUGAAUUUUAUGCCAUCGAAACUUUCGGGUCUACCGGAAGAGGAAUCGUUCACGAUGAUUUAGACUGCUCUCAUUAUAUGAAAAGCUUCGACGCUGGUUUCGUCCCGUUAAGAUUACAGAGUAGCAAAUCUCUACUGAACGUUAUCAACAAGCACUUUGGUACUUUGGCUUUCUGUAAACGGUGGUUGGAUCGUGUCGGUUGCACAAAGUAUCAAAUGGCGUUGAAGGAUCUGUGCGACAAGGGUACAGUGGAAGCUUAUCCUCCGUUAGUGGACGUGAAGGGAUGUUACACUGCUCAGUUCGAGCACACCCUCGUUCUACGUCCGACAUGUAAAGAAGUUAUUUCUCGCGGAGACGACUACUGAAAUGUCUAUUGUUCUUGAAUCGCGUUACAUACACACUCAUUAUAUCCUUUAAUCUGGGAAUGUACAAGUUGGUUUGUGUAACAGCACACCGACGAUAAAUGUUAAUGAUUAAUAACGCGAUAUUUAAUUAUACGAUCU